AUGGAGUGGCUGGAGGGGGGCGGGGCGCCGGGCUCAAUCCGUCUCCCCCAGUACCAGGUGGGGCAGCUGUUCGCAGUGGCGGAGGCCAGCAAGAACAACACGGGGGGCGGCGAGGGCAUCGAGGUGGUGACCAACGAGCCCUACGAGCGCCUGGGCGAGGCCGGCCAGUACACCCACAAGAUCUACCACCUGCACAGCAAGGUGCCCGCCUUCGUCAAGAUGUUGGCGCCCGAGGGCUCCCUGGUGUUCCACGAGAAGGCCUGGAACGCCUACCCCUACUGCCGCACCGGUGAGAAGAACAAACUCCAGGCCGCCUGGGAAGGGCCCUUCAAGAUUAUCAAGCAACUAAACGAGGUAAACUAUGUGGUGGAGCUGUCGAACCGGGCACACCACCACCGGGUGUACCAUGGUGUCUGGAGGCAGGUCAGCACUAACUGCCUCUCUCUGUGCCAGGAUUACAAAGCAGAUGAAGAUCCGGCUCUUUUCACAUCCGUGAAGACGGGGCGAGGGCCACUCGGUCCAGACUGGAAGCGGGAACUGGGCAGUAACCAGGAGUCUCCCCACAUGUGCGCCUACAAGCUGGUGACGGUGAACUUCCGCUGGUGGGGCCUGCAGGGCCGCAUGGAGAAAUUCAUACACAAGCAAGAGCAACGGCUCUUCACCAAUUUCAACCGGCAGGUCUUCUGCUGGCUGGACAAGUGGGUGGAUCUGAGCAUGGCCGACAUUCGCCGCAUGGAGGAGGAGACGCAGAAGGAGCUGGAUGAGAUGAGGCAGAACGGCGCAGUGCGGGGGAUGGCGGCCGGAGACGAGUGACCCCGGCGGGUGCCACAGGACACUGACUUGGACUCUGCCCCCUCCCGCCUGGGAGCGAGGACCCAGCUGCCUUCGUGGGACCCCGGGGAUCCCCCUUCUCUCUCCGUCCAGCUGGGGGCGCUGGGAACCCCCCUCCCCGACUGAUCAUGGUCUAGCCCCCACCCGGCCCACCCCACCCAGGCUCUUCCGGGGGCAAUGGGGGCUGCUGGCCCUGGCAACCCCCCAGUUCUCAACACGUUCCUGUGCCCCCCGGAAUCAUGGCGGGGGGAGCAGGGAGCCCCGGAAAUGGUGCUGUUCCCCCGGAGGGCUGAUUGUCAGGGUCGGGGGAGGAUACCCCGGGCCGGGCGGCCUCCGCCGGGCUCCAUGCGCCUGGGGUGGGGGCAGCGGGGGGGCCCCCUAGGGCCCCCCCCUCCACGUUCUGUAACUCAGGAUGGUGCAAAAACAUGAUCAAUAAAGAACUUGUCAGACACAA